GGAUCUUGGUCAACUCCUCUCACCAUGAAGAGCUGUGCUCUUCUUUUCCUGGUAGUGAUCUGUGGCAUGGGAGGACUGGGAGAGAAGCUGAAGCCAAAGAAAAGAAGCAAUGGUGAAGAAAUCCAUUUUCGGACUAAAACCAAAGAUGUUUGCACAAUGAGCAUGAGUGGGGACGAGGAGAUGAGACUUAGAAUUGAAUGCAAAAGCCAAGGCAUGUCCUACUGGUGUGAAUUCACUGGCAAGCCAUCAAUCUGUCGUGCUUUCAGAAACAACCCAAAGAUUUACUGGAAUCGGAUCGCCAUGGAACUCAGAAAGCUCCCGCACGCCUGCGAAUCCACACAAGUGUUGAAGACCACCAUGUGUCAAAAGGCUCCCACAGAGGCUCUCAUGAAGCAAAUAGCUGCUGGUAUGGAGCCAGAAGAUCUAGCAAAUGAGGAUAAAUUGCUCCAGAAAACUUCUAUGACAGAAACAGGAGAAAGCUCUGUUAAGACAAUAGGGAAGCCUCCAAUACUACCUCUUAUAAAACCAGCCCAAUAUGGUCAGGGGUCUGAAAAUGAAACAGAAGCAAUGAAAUUGGCACGGGAAUAUUGCUGGGAAUCUCUGCAUGAUUUCUGCUCCUACAUUAUUGGCAUCUUUAGAGGUUAA